AUGGCAACUAGUAGUGAAAAUUCACCUGGUCAUGAAUCACUUGUUAUAGACAAUGAUGAAGGAAUAAAUGCUGAGAGUAAUCGAACGACUACUCUGAUCAAAAGUAAAGUUUUUUUUUCGAAGAAUAAUGAACAUGUUCUUAUUGAAAAAGGUGUUAAAGGUAAUUUUGUUACCGUCAAUCGAUUUUUUAACACUUUGGUUUUAUCAAGCGGUAAUUGUGAUUCUUUUUUUUUAUUAUAUAAUUUCAUUUGUUUUCCAGUAAAGAUAAAGCUGAAUGGCCUGAUAUUUUCGCAUGAGAAGCUUCAAUUAUUGAUCAGAUUCGUCCAAAGAAAUUUUUCGUGGCUGAUACCUGCAGCUUUGACAUCAUGAAAAGUGAGUUAUUUAGCUCUAGUUACAAUAUAAAUAAUAUCUCCUUGUCCUACAGCUCCUCGUGGUUAUGAAGCUAUCAAUAUUAAUAUUAUCGAGAGAAAUAUCAAUUCCAUUCGUAAGUUGCCUAAAAUUCCGAAGAAAAAAGAGACCGAUUCAAAACAAACAGCAAUAUCUGGUGAACUAUUCCAGUCGACAUUGUAAAUACGACUCAUGUUAUUCUUAACUUUCCUUGACUUGAUGUAUAUUAAAUUGUAUUCUAUUAUAGGGCUAUGCUUUUUCGUGAAGCGUUGAAGAAAAAGUAAAUCCACUUGAUCGACGUUUGACUUAUAACAACAACAUAAUCAAUAUGACAUUUGUUAACAUUUUUAACAGCAAAAAAAAAAAAGAAUUUUUUAAAAAAGAUCUUGUGUUGAAGAAAAUUGUGAGAAAAACAAUUUAUCUUUAACUUAAUAAAAUAUUUAAUAAAAAAAGAAUUUUUCUCAUGAAUACGCAUUUGUUUUCAUUCAUACAUUGAACAAAACAAAAGAAAAUCUAUACAAAACGGCUCGUUCUCAACAGAGAUACUUUUUAGUAUAUAUCCUGUUCUUCUAUUUUCUCUUCGGCUAUUUAUUGUUUUAAUACAGUAAUUUAAAUCUACUAUAGCGAUUUAAUUCUAUAAUUUAUGUUUAGUCUUCGUCUAUACGUAUUUAAGAGAGGGUCCAUGAGAUGAUCGAGGAUCGCUCCAAUAUACGAGGCACUCGAUAAAAUUUUUUUUUUCGAUUUUUUUUGCUCAUUCGAAACUUCAAUGUCUAAAACUACUAGCCC